AUGCAUAACCGUCGCCAAAUCCUCGUUAAAUCUCCGUUCUGUCAACAACUCGUCGCUCUGCAAUUGGAUCCUUCUCAAUCCGUAUUAACUCUUUCCGGUCUCACUUCCUUACUCGAAUCAUCGCAGCGUAAUUCGCUAUCUGAUUUCUUCGUCGCGCUAGAUGGUAAGCUUUUGAAUGGCUCUACACGGAUCCAAGUAUCGAACCUCCCUUCCGUCUCCAUGCUCACUCUAUACCCUCGCCUCCGUGGAGGUGGAGGAGAUGGAGGCGCAACGGGAGCCGAGUCUCGCGAUUGCUACCUCAAGAUGUACGCGGAGAAGAAACCCGACACGGUGGAUCCGAACGAGCAGAGGCUCUCCAAAUGGCUGAAUUGCGCUUUGUCCAACGAGCCUCUGGCCGAGCCCUGCGUGAUUGAUCUCCUCGGGAAUUUGUUCAACAAAGAAGCUUUGGUAAACGCUCUGUUGUCUAAGAAGCUGCCGAAGCAAUUCUCGUAUAUCAAGGGUUUGAAAGAUAUGGUGAAUAUCAAGCUCACGCCUGUCGCUGGCUCCGAUGGAUCGGCUCAAGAUACGAUCAACGCCCAGUUUCAGUGCCCGGUCUCAGGGCUUGAGUUCAACGGAAAGUACAAGUUUUUCGUUCUUAAGGGAUGUGGACAUGUGAUGAGCGCAAAGGCGUUGAAGGAAAUAAAGUCUUCAGCUUGUUUGGUGUGUCACGCGGAUGUUUCAGACUCUGAUAAGAUUGUGAUAAACGGUACAGAAGAGGAGGUGAGCUUGUUGAGGGAGAGGAUGGAGGAGGAGAAGGCAAAGCUGAGAGAGAAGAAAGGCGCAUCGAAGAAGAGCAAAAACGGUGUAGCUGUUGUGGCUGAUACAGGAGCAAAGGUCGCUAAGAGACAGAUGGAUGAUGGGAAUGUGAAUGGGAAUGGCGUUACUGUGAAGAAGUUCAAGGCUGGGGAUGCUGUGCCGGUUAAUGCUACCAAGGAAGUCUACGCUUCUCUGUUUACUUCGGCUAAGAAGAAGACUGAUUUCAGGGAGACUUACUCUUGCCGGUCACUCCCUCUCGGCAGGAAUUGA